GCUUGCUAUGGCAUCGUUCAGGUGCCGACGGGACCCUGGUUCUGCCGGAAAUGUGAAUCUCAGGAGCGAGCAGCCAGGGUGAGGUGUGAGCUGUGCCCACACAAGGACGGGGCAUUGAAGAGGACUGACAAUGGAGGCUGGGCCCAUGUGGUGUGCGCCCUCUACAUCCCCGAGGUGCAGUUUGCCAACGUGCUCACCAUGGAGCCCAUCGUGCUGCAAUACGUGCCCCAUGAUCGCUUCAACAAGACGUGUUACAUCUGUGAGGAGCAGGGCCGGGAGAGCAAAGCAGCCUCAGGAGCCUGCAUGACCUGCAACCGCCAUGGAUGUCGUCAAGCUUUCCAUGUCACCUGCGCCCAAAUGGCAGGCCUGCUGUGUGAGGAAGAAGUGUUGGAGGUGGACAACGUCAAGUACUGCGGCUACUGCAAAUACCACUUCAGCAAGAUGAAGACAUCCCGGCAUACCAGCGGGGGCAGCGGAGGAGGCGGCGGUGGUAGUAGCGGCAGUGGCAGCACAGGGGGAGGUGGCAGUGGCUUCAUCUCUGGCAGGAGAAGCCGGUCAGCCUCGCCAUCCACCCAGCAGGAGAAGCACCCCACCCACCAUGAGAGGGGCCAGAAGAAGAGUCGAAAGGACAAAGAACGCCUUAAACAGAAGCACAAGAAGCGGCCUGAGUCACCCCCCAGCAUCCUUACCCCACCUGUGGUCCCCACUGCUGACAAGGUCUCCUCCUCGGCUUCCUCUUCCUCCCACCAUGAGGCCAGCACACAGGAGACCUCAGAGAGCAGCAGGGACUCAAAGGGGAAAAAGUCUUCCAGCCAUAGCCUGAGUCACAAGGGGAAGAAGCUGAGCAGCGGGAAAGGUGUGAGCAGUUUUACCUCCGCCUCCUCUUCUUCCUCCUCCUCCUCCUCCUCCUCCUCCUCUGGGGGGCCCUUCCAGCCUGCAGUCUCGUCCCUGCAGAGCUCCCCCGACUUCUCUGCAUUCCCCAAGCUGGAGCAGCCGGAGGAGGACAAGUACUCCAAGCCCACAGCCCCUGCCCCUUCAGCCCCCCCCUCACCCUCCGCCCCCGAACCCCCCAAGGCUGACCUGUUUGAACAGAAGGUGGUCUUCUCUGGCUUCGGGCCCAUCAUGCGCUUCUCCACCACCACCUCCAGCUCAGGCCGGGCCCGGGCCCCCUCCCCUGGGGACUAUAAGUCUCCCCAUGUCGCGGGGUCCGGGGCCUCCGCAGGCACCCACAAGCGGAUGCCCACGUUGAGUGCCACCCCUGUGCCUGCCGAGGAGACCCUGGAGCCAGGCCUGAAGGAGAAGAAACACAAAGCCAGCAAGAGGAGCCGACACGGGCCAGGCCGUCCCAAGGGCAGCCGGAACAAGGAGGGUGCUGGAGGCCCAGCCGUCCCCUCCCUGCCCGGGGCCCAGCUGGCUGGCUUUACGGCCACUGCUGCCUCACCCUUCUCCGGAGGUUCCCUGGUCAGUUCCGGACUGGGUGGCCUGGCCUCACGUACCUUUGGGCCCUCUGGGAACUUGCCCAGCCUGAGUCUGGAGUCACCCCUGCUGGGGGCAGGCAUCUACACCAGUAACAAGGACCCCAUCUCCCAUGGUGGCGGAAUGCGGGCUGUCUGCAGUACUCCCCUCUCCUCCAGCCUGCUGGGGCCCCCAGGGACCUCAGCCCUGCCCCGCCUCAGCCGCUCCCCGUUCACCAGCACCCUCCCCUCCUCUUCUGCUUCUAUCUCCACCACUCAGGUGUUUUCUCUGGCUGGCUCUACCUUCAGCCUCCCUUCUACCCACAUCUUUGGAACCCCCGUGGGUGCCGUUAACCCCCUCCUCACCCAGGCUGAGAGCAGCCACACAGGUACGUGAGUCUCUGACCCUCUUCCUCUUUCUUCCCAAAGGCCCGAGUGACACCCAAGUGACACCCGUCACCUGCAUGUGACCCAGAAAGGAUGGGAGGGCUUUCCGGCUGCCCCCUCCCUCUGAUCAUUGCCCUCCCUGAAAAAAAAAUCCUGCCCGAUGGCUCACACCUGUAGUCCCAGCUGCUUGGGAGGUUGAGGC